CAAACCCCCAACCUCCCAAAAAAUCCAUCAAAAUGGUCUGCGCCAAAUGCCAAAAGAAACUCAAACAAACGGAACUAGCCACACCCGGCGUCAAACGCAAGAGCGAGAUGUACUACGGCUCGCCCUCUUCCUCCCUCGGCAGCGGCAGCAGCAGUACUGGAACAAGCAGCGCCGAUAAGUCGAAACCCACGCUCGGGAACACGGGGAUCGGGAAGAGCAAACUCCUCAGCGCCAAAGCCAAGAACCCCUAUGCGGCGUACUCGUCCUCGUGCGAGAUGUGCAAGACUAAGACCGAGCAGGGCCGGAAGUAUUGCCAGCGGUGCGCGUAUCAGAAGAAUUCUUGUCCUAUGUGUGGGAAGAGUUUGGCGAAGGGGGUUGCGAAGGGGCAGCCGGUGGUGCAGGGGCAGAAGUUUAAUUUGAAGUAGUCAUGGGUACGUUGCCCUUGGAGGGUUCAUUUGUUAUUUGGGUUGAUGUUAUGAUUUAUCCUUAUCAUCGGAGGGAUUACUGGGUAAAGAUCCCAUUCAUGGCUGGCAUGGCGUUCAGGGGUGCAAUUGGCAGGGAAAGGUAGAGGCAACAGAAGGUUCUUUGCACAUGAUAUCCAACAGUAAACAGGAAUAAGAACAUUGAUAGUGAAAAAAGCUAGUUAUACAUGACAC